CAGGCGGGCGGGGGAGGGGGGAGAGAUAAAGAGCGAGAGGAGCCGCGGCGGGUUCUCGUUUGCCGCCGUGUGCGUCGCUCAGGAGUCAGAGAGCGCUCCGCGCCCGCGCGCCGCUGGUGGCAGCGGCGGUUUCGGGAGCUCCUCUGAGCCUUUCCAGUUCAUUAUUAGAUGGGGCUGAGGCAGAGCGGCGCCCACUGAGGGAAGGGGUGGCCGGAAGGCGGGCUGGGGGUGUUCAGGCUUGUGAGUGAACGUGAAGAGGAGACGAGGCCGGCCGGCCUGCCAGCCACCCACCCACCCAGCCAACCGCUCGACCGACCCGCCUUGCCGCAAUGCAGCAGGUUCUGGAUAAUCUUACAGAAUUACCCCCAUCAGCAGGAGCUGAAGAAAUUGACCUUAUUUUCUUAAAAGGAAUUAUGGAAAAUCCUAUUGUUAGAUCACUUGCUAAGGCUCAUGAAAGGCUGGAAGAUUCUAAACUGGAAGCUGUAAGUGACAAUAAUCUGGAGUUGGUAAAUGAGAUUCUUGAAGACAUCAGUCCAUUAAUAAACAAAGAUGAAAAUAUUGCAGAGUUGGUUGGUAUACUGAAGGAGCCACAUUUUCUGUCACUCUUGGAAGCUCAUGAUAUUGUGGCAUCAAAAUGUUAUGAGUCUCCUCCCUCUAGUCCAGAAAUGAAUAAUUCUUCAGUGAACAAUCAGAUAGUACCAGUAGAUGCCAUUCGUAUACUUGGUAUUCACAAAAGAGCAGGAGAGCCAUUGGGUGUGACAUUUAGGGUGGAGAAUAAUGAUCUAGUAAUUGCAAGAAUCCUUCAUGGAGGAAUGAUAGAUCGACAAGGUCUUCUACAUGUGGGUGAUAUCAUUAAGGAAGUUAAUGGUCAUGAAGUUGGAAACAAUCCAAAAGAACUGCAAGAACUUCUGAAGAAUAUUAGUGGUAGUGUCACUCUGAAGAUUCUUCCUAGUUACAGAGAUAAUAUUAUUCCCCAACAGGUAUUUGUGAAGUGUCACUUUGAUUAUAAUCCAUACAAUGAUAAUCUGAUCCCUUGCAAAGAAGCAGGUCUUAAGUUUUCCAGAGGAGAAAUUCUUCAGAUUGUAAAUCGAGAAGACCCAAACUGGUGGCAGGCUAGCCACGUCAAAGAAGGAGGAAGUGCAGGACUUAUUCCUAGUCAAUUCUUGGAAGAGAAGAGGAAAGCAUUCGUUAGACGAGACUGGGAUAGUUCUGGCCCUUUUUGUGGAACAAUAAGUAGUAAAAAGAAGAAAAAGAUGAUGUAUCUCACGACUAGAAAUGCAGAAUUUGACCGUCAUGAAAUUCAGAUAUACGAGGAAGUAGCAAAAAUGCCUCCAUUUCAAAGAAAAACACUGGUAUUAAUAGGAGCCCAGGGAGUUGGCCGAAGAAGCUUGAAAAACAGAUUUAUUGUACUGAACCCUACAAAAUUUGGAACCACGGUGCCAUUCACAUCACGGAAGCCAAGGGAUGAUGAAAAAGAUGGACAAGCAUACAGGUUUGUAUCCCGAGCUGAAAUGGAGGCGGAUAUUAAAGCUGGAAGGUACUUGGAACAUGGAGAAUAUGAAGGAAAUCUUUACGGCACCAAAAUAGAUUCCAUCCUUGAAGUUGUUCAGACUGGAAGGACAUGCAUCUUGGAUGUGAAUCCUCAGGCGCUUAAAAUAUUGCGGACAUCAGAGUUUAUGCCAUAUGUAGUGUUUAUUGCUGCUCCAGAACUAGAAACACUGCGUGCCAUGCACAAAGCUGUGGUGGAUGCAGGAAUUACAACCAAACUUCUAACGGACACUGAUUUGAAGAAAACAGUUGAUGAGAGUGCACGGAUCCAGAGAGCUUACAGCCACUAUUUUGAUCUGACUAUUGUGAAUGACAAUCUUGACAAAGCCUUUGAAAAGCUGCAAACUGCUACAGAGAAACUGAGAACAGAACCACAGUGGGUCCCAAUUAGUUGGGUGUACUGAUAGUUCUUUUGAAGAUAUGUUUAAGCACCAACUUAGGCUAGCUGAAACAAACAUUAUGCUCGGCAAAGAUUGUACAGAGGUGCCAGACACUUAGCAGCAUCUGAUAAUUUUUAUUCUGUGUAUAUUCAGACAAUAGUAUGCUAUUCCAAGAUUUUAUACAAAAUGUUGAAGGGAAAGUGUACUUAAAUAUGUAAUUUAUUUUAAUUUUUCUAACUUUUUACAGAUAACCUUUCUAUUCAUAUCACAUGAAGGAAAUGCGUUGAAGCAUUUUUAUAAAUGUUUUGAUUUACUACUUUGCCUUUACUUGUCUAAGGAACUUUCCAGUCAUUCACUUAUACAUUUGGUCUUACAUUUUCACUGUGAUAAGAAAAAUACUUGAAAAAAGGUUUUGAUUUUUUUUUUUGUAAAACUCUGUAUAAAUCAAAUGUUUCAUCUGUUCAGUUUUUGUUAUUUGGAGAAAAUACUAAUCCUUAUCCUAAGAAACAUUUCAUUCUUGAUGUGAGCAGAAUUUUAAACCCUUAAGAAGCAGCCAGCACUGAGCCAUGUUACUGACACUUCUUUGCUUAAUGUUUAUAUAUCUUUUUCAGUUGUCAUGUCUUGGACAGAUUUGUUGUAGAUUUCCUGUACGUGUUACACUUUUACAGAAAUUAAAAGCAAUAUCUUGAAAUUU